UAUACAGUGUACAGCGUUUUCUUUUAUCAGAGCUUUUAGUUCAGUAUUAUUAGUAUUAUUUAGAGCAUAUUAUAUAUCCAUUAUGCCUAAAUAUACUAGGAAAAAUAAAACAAUCUUGGCAAAACGUUUGUCAAUGUCACAAAAAAUGCGUCGCUUGCGACAAGCGCGCGACAACAUUUUUGUGACAAUUCUUUCGUGAAUCAAGAAAGAAUUGAUGAAGACUCCGGAAAAGAAUCAUUGGAAUGUGGGUCGUAUUCAGAAAUUCCAGGUAAAUCACACCAAUUUUAUGCAUGCGAGAAUAACAGAAAUGUAGAUAACGACAUGUCGACAUCGUUAUCUUGUAUAGAAACAUUUUCUCAAUCAUCUGUCGAUGCAUGUGCAACACAGAAGUUUCAAUCAGAAAAAAAUAAUAUUUUAGAUGAUGAUGAUUCAUCUGUAGGAUUAUUAUCAGACGUUCGCGAAUUUUGUAAAAAUUUGACAUGUUUGUCGAUGAACGAGCCGCACGCAUAUACAGAUGAGAGAAAUGUGAUGACAGAUAAUGAUGCGUUCACACCGCAGUCGUUAAAUACAUUUUUAGAAAAUUCUGCAGAUGCAUGCACGGAAUGGGAAAAUACAAUGCAAAGCAAUAUCGAAGAUAUCAAAGAUGUCGAAAAUGUUAAAGACGUCAAAAAUAUCGAAAACGUAGAAACCGUUGAAAAUGUUGAAGACGUUGAAAAUGUUGAAGACGUCGAAGAUAUCGAAAAUAUUGUUUUGCAUACAGAUGAGAAUAUCGACGCAUAUCGUUUACAUUCUGAAGAGAUUAGUGGACGACGUAUCGUCAAUGUUGGACAUUUUUUUGCUGAAUUGCAGAGACUGUCCACUCAUUGGAUCGGCGAAUGUCGUUUUACUGAUCUUGUAUUGAGUGAAAAGAAGCGUGACGGUCUAAAAACCCAAUUUUCUGUCAAAUGUCGAAUGUGUCACACCACAGGUGACUUUUGUAGUGAACCGACAGAUGAGAGAAUAUUGGAUGUCAAUAGUGGUAUCGUUUCCGGUACUAUAUUGACAGGGACUGGUCAUAAGCAGCUUGAAGAACUUCUUUCAGCUGCAGAUAUUCCAUGCAUGCGUAAUAAAACAUAUAUAAAGUAUCAUAAUAAAAUGUCGGAAGCCUUCGCCGCCGCCGCGGAAAAAGAAAUGCGUGUAGCUGGCGAAGAGGAAAAACGUUUAGCAAUAGAAAGAGGAGAUGUCAUAGACGGCAUUCCGCAUAUACCCGUGAUAACAGACGGCUCGUGGAUGAAGAGAUCCUACCGUACUGGUAGUUACGAUUCUCCAUCCGGAGCAGCUAUUAUUACGGGAUAUUAUUCAAAAAAAGUAUUAUUUGUUGCUGUCCGAAAUAAAUAUUGUAUUGUUUGUGCGAGAGCAGCGAAAAUUAAUACAGUAGCAAAAAAGCAUGUAUGUUACAAAAAUUGGGGGAGCAAUCAGAGCUCCACCAGUAUGGAAAGUGAUAUAAUCCUUGAAGGCUUCCGACUAAGUUUAGAAAUGCAUGGCCUUAUUUAUAAUAAAUAUAUCGGUGACGGUGAUAGUAACGUAUUAAAAAAAUUGAGAGAUUUUCCACCGUAUCCAAAUAUUGUUGUGCAGAAGAUUGAAUGCACGAAUCAUCUCCGCAAUCUUUCUAAUAAAAUACGUGAGGCAAGUAGUACCGGUAGUAGAAAUAUUUCAAAAUUGAAAAAGGUCGUUGAGCACAGCGUUAUGAAAAUUCGAAACGCUGUGGUUAAGGCUGUCACCUUUCGCCGCAAUCGUGAAGUUAGUUGGCAAAUAAAAAUUUCAGAAUUAAUCAAAGAUUUAAAUAAUAUACCUAGCCAUGUAUUUGGUGAACAUAAAGAUUGUGCUUUGCUUCAAUAUUUCUGUAAUGGACAACAGAAAGAAGGCGAAAAAAAUCUUGUGCCCCAAUUACAACGUGCAGGAUUAUUACAAAAAGUACAAAAUGCUAUGAAACGCGUAAUAGAAAAUGCCGAUAGCUUACUUUAUCAAUUUACUAGUAAUUCUGUUGAAAGUUGUAAUGCAAUUAUUAGUAAAUUUAUUGGUGGCAAGCGCGUUCAUUUUGCCAUGAAAGGUUCUUACCAGACACGCGUUAAAGCAUCAGUAGUGCAACAUAAUACUUCGCGAGCCUUGAGUUCUGUUUGUCGUGUAAUGAAAAACCACCUACACAAACAGAUAUCAUUGAAACUAGAAAUAUAAAAAAAAAUGCCAACCAGC